GUAUGCAAAAUAAGCAAUCUCUUUUUUUUUUUCCAGAACUACAUAUGUUUAGUUUAGAAGAUUAGAAUCUUUUAUAUGACAUAAUUAGAGGAUAGGUUCUGUUUGGCCGGUUCAAUGGGAAAACAAUUCAACCAUGCAAACCUAACCGUGUUGAAUUAAAGAAAAAAAAAAAGGCCCCAAAAGCCAAAAAAAGAAUAUCAUAUAUAUAUUAAGGUUUGUUUAUAUAUAUAUAAAAAAACAUGAUGUGAAAAACCUCUUAAAGCUUCUCUCUUUCUUUCAGAAGUGUUUGUUUCAUCCAUGUCAAGCUAGUUUGUCUAUCUUUCUUGCAAAGCCCACCAUAGCCACCAUGCAGCUGAGACAACUCUGCAUCAUUUUACCAGCAGACUUGGAUGAAAUUGGUCAUUCUGAUAAUGAUCAUACAAAACUCAGCAACCCCACCAAGGAAGAAGAGGAAGAACCCAAAAACCACUCCCACCGUGGCUGUGGGAGUCAUGUUGUUGAUCUCAUUAGAAAUUCUCUAUCUGGGAUCUUUGAAUCCAGAUGGGUCAAUUGCUGUCAUGGUGACAGAAGAAGACAGAGAAGAAGAAGAGAACAGCAGUCUGGGGUGUUGUUCUUUCACGACACUGAUGGUAUGCAACUCGCAGACAAGGAGGUUGGUGGAGAAAAUCCAAGAAUUUUCAGCUUUGCAGAGCUUUAUAUAGGCUCUAAUGGAUUUAGUGAGAAGGAAGUUCUUGGCAGUGGGGGUUUUGGUAAGGUUUAUAGAGCAGUUCUUCCCAGUGAUGGGACUUUGGUUGCAGUGAAAUGCUUGGCUGAGAAGGGAGAGAAGUUUGAGAAGACUUUCGUUGCUGAGCUCGUGGCCGUGGCUCAUCUUCGCCAUCGAAAUCUUGUCCGGUUAAGAGGCUGGUGUGUUCAUGAAGACCAGAUUUUACUGGUUUAUGACUAUAUGCCAAACAGAAGCCUUGAUAGAAUACUUUUCAAGAGGCCAGAGAACGCGGGGUUAGCACCUUUGAGCUGGGACCGGCGGAGAAAAAUAGUUAAUGGCUUGGCUGCAGCGCUUUACUAUCUUCAUGAGCAGCUUGAAUCUCAGAUCAUUCAUAGAGAUGUGAAGACCAGCAACGUCAUGCUUGAUUCUCAUUACAACGCCCGGCUUGGUGACUUUGGCUUGGCAAGAUGGUUAGACCAUGAGCUUGAGUACCAAACAAAGACACCAUCAAUCAAAGAUCACCAAUUUAGGCUGUCUGAGACUACUAGAAUUGGCGGUACAAUUGGUUACUUGCCACCUGAAAGCUUCCAAAGGAGAAGCGUUGCCACAGCGAAAUCAGAUGUUUUCAGCUUUGGAAUUGUGGUGUUGGAGGUGGUGUCAGGUAGGAGAGCUGUAGAUCUCACUUAUGCUGAUGAUCAGAUCAUCCUGCUUGAUUGGAUUCGGAGGCUUUCUGAUGAGAAAAAGCUUUUACAAGCAGGGGAUACUCGGCUUCAAGAUGGGUCAUACAGUCUUUCUGAUAUGGAGCGUACGAUCCAUGUUGGUCUUCUCUGCACACUCCAUAAUCCAUCAUCAAGGCCAAACAUGAAAUGGGUUUUGGAAGAGCUUUCUGGCAAUAUGGCUGGGAAAUUGCCACCUUUACCGUCCUUUCAGUCUCACCCUCCAUACAUCUCUUUGUCAUCUCCCUCCAAUACCAGCUCAAGCAAUCCCAACUCCACCACCAGGUCCAUCACAAUCACCACAACAAACUGCACAACGACCACAUCUAUGUCAUCAAACUAUGUCACAGCCACAGGAGAAACAAUCUAUGCAACAGCCGAAGAUGGAAUCAGCAGUACAACCAACACUUCUCGUGAAUUUUGUCGUGGCAAAGUUUUCCCCAUGGUUCAAACUCCAAGAGAAAUAUCUUACGCUGAGAUCAUCUCUGCUACAGAUAAUUUCUCAGAUUCCAAAAGGGUGGCAGAGUUGGACUUUGGAACUGCCUACCAAGGCUUCCUCAACAACUCUUACCAUGUUCUUGUGAAACGGCUAGGCAUGAAGACAUGUCCUGCACUGAGGAUAAGAUUCUCAAAUGAAUUACAGAAUUUAGGAAGGCUGCGCCACAGAAAUCUGGUGCAGCUACGUGGAUGGUGCACUGAACAAGGUGAAAUGCUCGUUGUCUACGAUUACUCGGCGAAUAGGCUUCUGAGUCACUUGCUUUUCCAUCAUGAUCAUCAUAAAUCAAGCCACUCUUUCCUGCAGUGGAAUCAUAGGUACAACAUCAUCAAAUCACUUGCUUCUGCCAUCCAUUAUCUUCAUGAGGAAUGGGAGGAACAAGUUAUUCACAGAAGCAUUACCUCUUCUGCAGUCAUCCUUGAUCCAGACAUGAAUCCAAGGCUCAGUGCUUUUGCUCUUGCCGAAUUUUUGACACGAAAUGAGCAUGGCCAUCAUGUUGUUACUGACUCAAAGAAAUCGGUUCGUGGAAUAUUUGGUUACAUGUCACCAGAGUCCAUAGAAUCCGGAGAAGCAACCACAAUGGCUGAUGUUUACAGCUUUGGAGUGGUGAUGCUUGAGGUGGUUAGUGGUCAAAUGGCUGUGGACUUUCGACGGCCUGAGGUGCUUCUGGUGCAGAAAGUCCACGAAUUUAUAGCACGGCAAAGGCCAUUGGAGGAACUAGCAGAUUUCAAGUUGAAUGGAGAGUACAAUCACAAAGAACUGAUGAGACUAAUAAAAUUAGGAAUUGAAUGCACAGGAUCCAAUCCUCAAUCAAGACCAAGCAUGAAGCAGAUCGUCCAAAUACUCGAUGGGAAGGAUAAAAGUUUCAUGGAACAGUGGCAAAAGAAGGAGAGCAUUGAGGACUGGAAACAAAUGAAUGCUUCAUCUUUGUCAUCAAUUAAGGGGAUACAAGCUCUAGGAAUACAAUGAAUAUUAUUCAAGUAACAUGGUUAGAGUGAAGUAUAACUUAUGUACAGUGAUUUUCAGAAGGUUGAGGAGUUUCUGAGUUGUGUUUUUCUUUCAACUUUCAGUAAACACUUGUGAGCUAGAUGUCUUUUAGAGAAUUAUGUCUUCAAAUGUAUCUUUUCUGAGAAUUUUGUAAAGCCAUAGAUCUGCACAUAUUAUUGCCA